AUGGCAUUUAUUGAAUUCCUCGCGAUCCUUUUCGCAUCAACAAUCACGCGUGUUAGCGCACAGGAAGUAAAUCGAAGGGAAAAGAGAUUCCUCACAUUUCCCGAUGGUAGUGCAACUGGAAUCCUUUGUGCUAUCGCAGUCCCCAUUGAUCUUCGCUAUAGGAAUGUCUUUCUAUCGUACAACUUUGAAGCCAACUACGGGAUGCCCUUAGUUCCGUCAGACCUUAUUCCCGGUCCAUUAGAACGAUUGGAAAUUAUCGAUAGGGGACUUGGAAGAGAGAUCGCCGGAGGAAAUGAGACGAUCGAGGAAAGUGAUCGCAAACUCGAAGCAAAUCCCGAAACGAUCACUGAAGAAGAGAUCGCACAAACUACAGAGAGUACCAAGAAUGUUACGAAAAGAUCAGCAACUGAUGGACUAUUUAGCAGAAAGAAGAUCUACAGGACCAUAGAAAGUUAUCUCAAAUGUCAUGGCCAUAAAGGAAGAGUGUGCCUCUUGAGAGCGAUAUGCGAAACAGCUGAAGAUCCUUUUCAUGCCCACAAUGGAGUUAUUGGAGAUAUUUUGCACAUUAUUCUCACACCUUCAACAUCUAUUAAGGAGGAUCUUCAUCCUGAAUACUAUAAAGCUGAGGAAUUGGGACGAUCAGGGGAUUGUUCAAAAUACCGAAAAUAUUGCCCAGAGUGCAUUCUGGAUUACAUUAGUCAAAUUGAAAAUUUUUAA